AUGCAGAAUCACAGAAAUAAAAUUGGUUCUUCUUCAACUCUACCAAAAGAUUUUUUUGGUUCUUCUAAAAUUAGUCUACCAUUGGGAAUUUCAUUUAGUCUACCAUCGACAUUGAAAUUCGUUUCACCUAUUGAUUCUUAUCCAAAAGUUGGCCAAACCAUCAUUGAUCCAAACACUUAUGAUACUUAUCUUCUCAAAAUGGAAAUUGGUUCUUCUUGUCGUAAUGGACUAUGUCGUGUUUACAAAGCUCUUUAUACUAAACGUAUGGAGAAGACUAGCAUAUUUGUCACUUUGAAGAUACUCAACAAGAACCUACGUGAAUUUUUCGAGCUACAACUUGAAGUUAAUGCAAGUAUUAGGUUUACUCCUUAUAGCAAGUUAAUUGGACUCAUGAGAACUUUUACAACUAAGGAAUAUUUAUGUGUUUCAUUUCCUUAUAUGUCACUAGGACCCCUACGUAACAUUCUCUCUACACGUCCAGAAAAAAAAUUGCCAGUGGACUUCAUUGCUAUUGUACUUAAAGAAGUACUUGUUGGUCUACGUGACGAACUUCAUGUUGAUUCUAAUAAUCCAAAGGUUCAUAAGACUUUAAAUGCUGGAGAUAUCUUUAUUCACAUUGAUCAUGCUACUAAGGAAAGGUUGAUUAAAUUAGCAUUUGAAGCAUCAGUUUAUGAUCCAUUUUAUAAUGUUGGAGAAACUAGUAGUUCGUCGUCUACGUUUUUGGAUGUGAAGAGUAUUUCUAAAUGGGGUGCUGCACCUGAGGUAUAUGUGGGAGAAAAUGCAACACCAAAAUCUGAUAUUUGGUUAUUGGGAAUAACAGCAUUGGAAUUAGCCUAUGGAGAUGAUUUACGUGUGAGAAGUCGUGAGGAGUUGGAAUAUAUAAUCGAAAAGAUAAGGUUUAAAAAAAGAUUGCCAAGAUCACUCGAAAAGUUGCUGAUCAUCAAGAAGAAAGGGAAAAUCAAGAAAGUAGUGUUGAAUUCGUUUAAACGAAAUAAAAGGGUGUUUUCAAAGGAUUUUGAGAAGAUGGUUCUUGCUUGUCUUUGUGAGAAUCCAGAAGAGAGACCAACUGCACAUCAGCUUUCAAAUACUCCAUUUUUCACUACUGAUUUUGAUAGGUUUGAGCAAUUUCUGUUGAAUGGUUAG